CUGUUGGUCCCGCCUCAUUUUCGGUUUUCUGGAUGUUCAUUGCUCAAACUAGACAGCCAUCGUGUUUACCGCCGACGUCAUCUAGGCGCUGGAACUCGGUAAUGAUGUUGUGGUUAUCCAUGCCUCCCACUCUGUGCUUGUGUCUGAAGAUCUCCUUUUGACCAGUCUGCCUCGCAUGGAGUUGCGCGCUGACGGCAACCUUGGAGAUGUCGGAGAUUAAAGGUAAAGAUGAGGAGCCUUUGGAAGGCGACGGUGACUACGAAAGUUUACCACCUCAUGCCUCAUUGACAAUCCACAUGACAGCAGGGGCAGUGGCUGGAAUCCUGGAGCACACGGUGAUGUACCCAGUGGACUCUGUCAAGAACAAUCUGAGAUGGUGUCAAUCCUCUUUCUUGUGCUCUUUGAGGCGGAACGACCCAUUGGAAUCCCCCUUUCAAAGACUUGUUGAGAGAUUGAUGCAAGAUAAGUAAUAUCACAUGGUAUAACAAAGAACUGCCACAGCACCCCACCCUAGGCCUGGGACAGAAACGCACCAGGACAUGAGUUCUGCCAAGAACAGACAUUAACAGAAACAUCAGAUCACUGGAGAAACAAUAACCUCAGAAACAGACAGCCCAGACCAGGAUGCAGAGUUUGCGGCCAGACCCGAAGGCUCAGUACAGCAGCGUAUACGAGGCCCUGAGAAGGAUCAUCCAAACAGAGGGUCUCCUCAGACCCUUGAGGGGCCUCAACAUCACCAUGCUGGGGGCUGGCCCUGCCCACGCUCUCUACUUUGCCUGCUACGAACGGGUCAAGUGCACACUCAGCGAAGUAAUUCAGAAUGGAGGAAACAGCCACAUAGCCAAUGGACUGGCAGGCUGUGUGGCCACUGUGCUGCAUGACGCAGUCAUGAACCCAGCUGAAGUGGUGAAACAGCGGAUGCAGAUGUACAACUCUCCCUACCGGAACCUGUUGGACUGUGUUCGGACUAUACGACAUACUGAGGGGCUCGCAGCCUUCUACCGCAGCUACAGCACACAGCUGGCCAUGAACAUUCCCUUCCAGGCUGUCCACUUUAUGACCUAUGAGCUGAUGCAGGAGCGACUCAACCCCCACAGACAGUACCACCCCGGCAGCCACAUACUGUCUGGGGCUGCGGCGGGGGCCGUGUCUGCAGCCAUAACCACCCCACUGGAUGUGUGUAAGACCCUGCUCAACACACAGGAGAACGUAGCGCUCAGCUCCAUGCACAUCAGCGGUCACCUCACAGGCAUGGCCAAUGCCUUCAGGACAGUGUAUCGCUUUGGCGGCAUGGCUGCCUUCUUCAAAGGGAUCCAGGCCCGGGUCAUAUACCAGAUGCCCUCCACUGCAAUUGCCUGGUCAGUCUAUGAGUUCUUUAAGUACUUCCUGACCAAGCAGCAGAUGGAGGGAGAGGCUGGGACAGCAGGCCCAGUCUGAGGAAGGGCUGUGGACGGUGUCGACCAUCCACCACACGUAUUCUGGAAGCUCCUGGUUCUCCAAUGGAAUCAAUGGCAAAAGUCUCAUCGUGUACGCAAUGUCGUGUUCAUAAUUUAUAUCUGUGUGCUGUUGUGUAAUAAUCUCUGUGUUUUCUCAAAGGGAAGUCACUGCAAUGGAGGAAGUUUGAAAGACUUGCUGUGGGAGUGGUAGACUGUGGCACUCCUUACCCUUCUUACCUACUCAGCAAGCCCUUCCAUUGUACAGUGUCAUUCAUUAGAGGAAUGGAGGCUGUUACAUAAACAGGAAAUGCACAGAGAUGGCUUGUCUUUCCAUUAAUGCAGAGAAAAGGGCAUCUUCAUAUGGCAACAGGCUUUUUUCACAAAUCACCUGUUCACUACGCGCACAACACUCCCAACUUCGUCUAUCUCUAUCUGGUGAUUGUGUUUGGCUACAUUCAUACAGUAUGUAUACUGAACAAAAAUAUAAAUGCAACAUGCAAUUUCAACGAUUUUACUGAGUUACAGAUCAUAUAAGGAAAUCAAUCAAUUAAGAGAUUCAUUAGGCCCAAAUCUAUGGAUUUCACAUGACUGGGCAGGGGUACAGCCAUUGGUGGGCCUGGGAGGGCAUAGGCCCACUCAUUGGGGAGCCAGGCCCAGCCAAUCAGAUUGAGUAUUUCCCAACAAAAGGGCUUUAUUACAGUCAGAAAUACCACUCAGUUUCAUCAGCUGUCCGGGUGGCUGGUCUCAGACGAUGCUGCAGGUGAAGAAGUCAGAUGUGGCGGUCCUGGGCUGGUGCGGUUACACGUGGUCUGCGUUUGUGAGGCCGGUUUGCGUACUGCCAAAUUCUCUAAAACGACGUUGGAGGCGGCUUAUGGUAGAGACAUUAACAUCUCUGGCAACAGCUCUGGUGGACAUUUCUGCAGUCAGCAUGCCAAUUGCACGCUCCUUCAAAAAUAAAGGGCCACAUUUUAUUGUCCCCAGCACAAGGUGUACCUGUUUUAAUGAUCAUGCCGUUUUAAUCAGCUUCUUGAUAUGCCACACCUGUCAGGUGGAUGGAUUAUUUUAGCAAAGGAGAAAUGUUCACUAGCAGGGAUGUAAAGAAAUUUGUGCACAUUUGUGCUUUUUUUGUGCGUAUGGGGAAAAAAAUGGGAUGUUUUAUUUCAGCUCAUGAAACAGAGGACCAACACUUUACAUGUUGCGUUUAUAUUUUUGUUCAGUAUGGAUCUGAUAUGGGAACACUUUUUUUAAAUGUACUUUUCAGUGCUUGUAUUUUAUGGAUUUGGAAGAGACACGUGGCUAUUUGCUUGAUUUUAUUUUCUUGUGUAUUUAUAAAGGACUGUUUGAACACAUUCCUGAGUCUCGCUGCACAGUAAACACAGAACAAUUGCGCUUUCAAAGUGCCUCUUUAGUAAUGAAGUCCGCUACAAGCUAAGCUUUUUAUGUUGUUCAGGUCCUAAAUAGAAAUAGAUUGGACUGAUCAUCAUUAUUUCCAUGAUCAUAAUCAUUGUUUGCCAUUAAAAGGGCUUAUCAUUCUGUGGAUUGAAUCUCAAAUGGUCUUUUAAAUGUUACCUCUGGAAGCCAGGUUUGAUCAAUCAUAGCAAGAAACCACUCAUGUCAAAACCAAAUGUACUGAAAUGGUACCAUAUUGCUAUUUUUCCUUGGUCAGAAGGUUGGCAUCAUGCAAUGUGGCUGUAGUCUGAGCUGAACCUUUCAAGAUUAGGGAUAUUUUCUAUUCUGUGUUAGAAAUGCAGUUCUGAGAAUUACAUACAGUAGUGCAUUGGUUCAACCCGCAAAUGUUGGUUUAUUUUAAUUUUCAUGUUGGGUAUUUUCACAUUAUAUUGGUCUUCAUUCAAACCUCUGCACCUCCCAUACUCAAGACUGCAGUAGUUUAGUUUCAGUAAUUUAUUUUAACCACACAGUGAAGUGAGUCGGCCUCCUUUUCCUGAGCUUACUGGAAUCCCUCGAAAUAAGCCGUAACGGCCCAAAUAUUAGCCUUGUUUGAGCACGGUAGUAGGCUUAUGCACUGGAAUCAUGCACAAUGAUCAAGAGUGUUAGUGUAAAUUGUAUAACGAUCUUCUAUGUUGCAGAGAAUAAGCUUUUUAAAAAUAUUUUUAUGCAAUCCCUUUAAGCAGUGGAUUCUGUCUGUGACAGUGAGACCAGUACUAAUGGUUGACCAGAUGAGCUGUUUGUUCUCUGGCAUGUUUUAGCCAGUUACUGUGCUCUCCCUCUUCCCAGCAUCUUGGCUCAGUGUUUUCUGCUCCGAAGACAAGACAUUUCUCCACAUAUUGCUGUAACCACAAAGCUGCGAGAUUUGUUUGUUUUUAAAUAAAUGCUUAUGUUUUAUUUUCAUUCACCAUAAAGUUCUAUGAGAUCUCCAAAGAUCAGUCCCUCAAAUGUAGGCUAAUUCAUUCCUUGUUAAAAUCCUAAAGAUAUGCAUUGUAUGCUUCCACUCGCAAACUUGUAUUUUUGAAGUUAGCGGUGUGAAAUAAUAAUAAAUUAAAGGACUGCUUAUUGGAAGUCCUUUCAUUCCAAGCAUCAUCUCCAGCCAAAAUAUCUUUAGCGUCUUUUUCUUUGGAUUUCUUCAUUUAAGCUUGUAAUUUAGCUGUCUUGAGGUUUAUUGCCUUAUGUUUGAAAAGUAUCUGUGGGUGCCUCAGCAUUUUUAUGAAGGGUAGCGAUAUGGUCAUUUCUUCUCCAAAUGUACUGUAUCUGUGGAGGCUGACGUGUUUGAUGGAAGGGGAUAUUUUAGUCUAAACUGGGACUACCAGGUAAACAGUGGUAGAGAGAAGUUGGCACAGUACAUGACCAUUUCUUUUCAUUUAAAUUGUCACUCUCUUAAUUUGAGCCUUUUCUGUGUGUUUUAUAGAAUUACACCUAUGUUUUUGCUAAAUAUCACAGCUAUUGUUUAUGUAAAUGUAAACAAAUAUGCAACACUAACACAUUUAGGUCAAUUAAAUUCAAGCUUUUUUACAACUAUUGGACAGCUGAAGGUUAAUUCAUUUGAUGUUAGUUUAUGGCAUAUUGUUGGUUCAUAUUUCUGAAAAGUGAAUUCAAGACUUGUCUUGUAUGAUUCUGUACAAAUCAAAUGUUAUUUGUCACAUGCACCGAAUACAACAGGUGUAGACCUUACUGUGAAAUUCCUUAACCAACAAUACAGUUCAAGAAAUAGAGUUAAGAAAAUGUUUACUAAAUUAACUAAAGUUAAAAAAAGAAAAGUAACACAAGAAUAUACCGGGAUUUCUUAGAAGCGUCCGGAUUAGUGUCCCGCUCCUUGGAAGCGGCAGCUCUAGCCUUUUUAGCUCGGUGUGGAUGUUGCCUGUAAUCCAAAUGCAGAACAUGCAAUUUCUGUACUGACUUUUAUUCAAUUUGUAUUAAUCUUAUGCUUAAAUGCUUGUCAUUCAGUUGAUGGAAUUCAAAAGCACUCACCAGGUUAUUUAACCCCUCUUCAAUAAUACUGCUCUUAUACAUUGUUAAAUGUUUAGCAGGACUGAUAUUCUAUUUAAGAAAUAGAUGGGUUGGUUGAUAAUUCAAGAUUAAUUAGAAUAUUGGAAACAUUUGAUUAACUAAUAUUGUUCACAGAUUCAGUCUGAAGUACCUUUUUUUUAGCUUAUGAUAAAAUAUCCACAGAAUACAGGUCUUGCCUUGUUUAGACACAUUGCAUUACAGCCCUGGAGAUAUAAGGAAAAAUACUUGAAGAAAAAGCCUUGCUUAAUUAUCUAGCUUGUCUAACUUGACCGUAAGAUCAUUUCAACAAUGUACAUUGUAAGUAUUAUUAUGUAUGCCACAUUAAGUGAUUUUAUAUAUUUCAAUGGAGAUUGGGUAAUUAAAAUCUUAUCCAGGUAUGUUCAUCAUGUAACGUUGUUGCUGCUUUUUUGCACACAACAAAACAAGGGGGGAACCUGGGAUGAUAUGACUAGAGUGCCAUCUACAGUAAAAUUUAUAUUUUAGAUUUGGGGAAAAAAACACCAUGCAAAUGUUAAAAUGAUUGUGGUUAUGCUGCUACAGUAUGUAACACUGGAGCUCAAAUAAAAUGCAAGUGGUCAA